AUGGGCUAUUUUUCCUGCAAUGCCGACUCCGCCAUCGCCACUUGCGGCACUUACGAGCUUCUGACUAAGAAGACCCGAAAGGCCGCCUACCAAAGGCCCGUCAAGAUCAUCGAAUUCGACUUCUCAGAACUUCACGCCGCCACCGAUGGCUUCUCGCCUGAUAACCUCCUCGGCAAAGGUAGCCACGGCUCCGUGUACAAGGCUCGUCUCCGCCCGAAAAAUCGUGUGGCCGCCGUCAAACGGACGAAGCCAAACGACGCCUCUGUGGCCGCCGCGGAAAACGAGGUGGGGAUUCUGUCUGCAAUUCAGCAUCAUCCCCGCCUCGUGAACCUGAUCGGGUUCGGGUACGAACCCGAACCCGACCGACGCAAACUGCUCGUGGUCGAGUACAUGCCGGGCGGGUCCCUCUACGACUUGCUCCACGGUUCCGGGAGGAAACCGCUCGGGUGGGUCGACCGGGCCCGGUUUGCGGUCCAGGUCGCCCGGGCGGUUUGUUUUUUGCACGGGUCGGACCCGCCGAUCAUCCACCGCGACAUUAAGUCGUUGAACGUGUUGAUCGACGGCGGAUCCAACUGUCGUGUCAGCGACUUCGGGCUGGCACUGCGGGUCGGGCCGAAUCGGGCCCGGCCAGCAGGGACGCUCGGAUAUCUCGACCCGGGGUACGUCUACUCGGGUGACGUCAGCACUAAGUCUGACGUGUUUAGCUUCGGGGUAUUGUUGCUCGAGCUGAUAACGGGCCGGAGCCCGAUAGACGUAGGCCAUAGCCCGCCGUCGGUGGUCGAGUGGGCGGUGCCGGCGGUGAGGACCGGCGAGUUCGGGUCGAUCUGCGACCCGAGGGUCGGGCCGCCGGAGGAAGGCGGCGCCGCCGCCCUCCGGCGGAUGGCGGUGCUGGCAGCAAGGUGCGUGCGGCCGGAGGCGGGGAGGCGGCCGGAGAUGGAGGAGGUGGUGGAGUGCCUGAGUGGGGUGUACGAGGGGAUGAGGCGGCGGGCGGGGUCGUGCGGCGGGAUGCGGAGGCGCGUGGGGUCACGCGCCGGGAGGUACGAGCAGAUGGACGAUAGCGGGGAGCUGGUGAAGGGCAGGAGCAAAAGGAAGGGGAAAGUGUCCAGUGCGGCGAGUGCAGGGGAAGCGAGUGGGUCAAGGUCAACGGGGGGAGGCGGUGAGAUAAAAUCGCCGCCGACGGAUUCAGUUAUCCGUGAUGAGAUUAAAUGGAAGGUGGGAUCGAGUGUGAGAACGGCCACGGUGAGGCUGAGAAAGUCAAGGUCGAUGGUGAUUUUCCAGAGUAGUAACAAAUGGUCGGUCAACGAUAGUGGGGCCGCGGUUGUGAGGAGUCGCACGUGCGCCAGGAAAUUGGAGGUUUGCAAAUUAUUGGUGGAUUAG